AUGUCAUUCGAAUGGAUAGUACAGGGUGACCAUCCGCAAUCGCCAACAUCUCCGAAAGUUCACUCCUUUCCACACCCCUGCACGCCAGGCUUAUCAAGAACACCCAUUGUAGUACAAUCAGGAGAGGUAGUCGCCAAUUGCUCGACUCCAGUCACAGCUACUCAGCCAAAGGUGUCUGUUCCUACUACUCAACCUGGUGAUUUGGGCACGCCUGUCAGCCCUGGCGCAAAACCAAUAAGGACCACCAAUCACGGGCGUCAAGCAGGGAUGCUAUCCACACCAUCAUCGCCAGAAGUUCCACACACGCCUCUCAACCACAGCGCAGCACCGCCAAGGGGCUCAUCGACAGGACUACAAAGACCACUGCCAACCAUUGAGUCAAUGCCAAAGUCGACCGACCAUCCAGUGCUUAAUCCCAAGCGCCUUAGUUUUGGUCAACCAAACGAUAAGACCCCUACGCCAACCGCGACCCGAGUACCGCGUGCUAUUGUUCAUCUUCAACCGCACAACCAGGCUGGGCGUAAAGAAGCACCUCUUCGACCUUCGAGACGGGGCAAUGAGGGAAAGCCUUGUAUUGUUUAG